AUGUCGGUCAGCAGAUCUGAGUCAUGGAAGGCCGAGGACAAAGGACCGGAGAUGCUAUGGGUCUGUUGGACGAUGGCUGGGUUGACAACAGUUUUCGUCUCGGCGCGAGUCUGGUGUAGGCGCAGGAUUGGAAGGACGUUCUACAGCGAUGACUACUGCUGCAUCCUGUCAUUGGCUUGCAUACUUGCGUCUUGUGCAGCUGCCACUGUUGCCAUCAGCUAUGGUUAUGGCAGGCAUAAGGAUGUACUCACGUAUGAGCAGAAGAAGGGUGCCAUCUUCUGGUCACAUGUGGGGUUUGCUCCGGGAAUCAUGUCUUUUGCGAUUCCGAAACUCGCAGUUGUCUCAUUAUUAACGCGGUUAAUGAACCCAAGGCGAUAUCAUCUGUGGUUCCUUUGGGGUAUCACAAUUCUGUGUUUACUCACACACAUCGUCGUCCCCGGCUUACAUUUCGGUCGAUGCGUUCCCGUUGCCUCAAUCUGGGAUGACCAUGUCCUAGGCCGUUGCUUUGACCCAAACAUCACAGUCGACUACAGCAUCUAUGGCGGAGGUAAUCGAAGACUAUGUGAAAGUUCAGUCGUGACAUUCUUGGCUAACAUUCGUUUUUACUUAGUGUUGUCUGCAUUCGUAGAUGUCUACUUGGCAUUGUAUCCAACAUUGGUGCUAUUCCGGUUGCAAAUGGCAAUGAAGAGGAAGAUUGCCUUAUCUUGUGCACUCGGAGUCGGUGCUGUUGGUGGUGUUGUGGCCAUAGUCAAGUCCAUCCGUCUGCCACAACUCAGGGAGGACGAUUUCACCUAUCUCACCUCUGACCUUCAAAUACGAACUGUGGUCGAAGGCAGCACGAUCACCAUUGCCAGCACCAUCCCUGUCCUCCAGCCCUUACUCGAAUUGAUCCUGCAACGCAACCCCUUCAGCACCGCCAAAAGUACGACCGAGGAGACGCCAAAGUUCUACGAGGACUACGCUUCUCAGAGGGAGUCUCGAGGAGGAAGCAAGAUUGAGCUUGGACAGCGUAAGCCCAGGCCGAAACCUAGGGACGACUUAGGCUUCACAAUCAUGGAGGAUGACAGCCAGGAGAACAUUCUACCCGAGUGCAAGAGGCCAGCCCCGGCGUUCAUGUCAGACAGGAACGAGACGACUCCGCCCCAGUCUGCGGAUGGUGGCAUCGUCCGAACCGACGUUGUCUGCGUCUCGUUCGAGGAUAGGGGUCCACCUGGGGAGAAGCCAGCUUCAAGUAAAUGGGACAUUGUUUGA